AUGACUAGCGCCGCCGUGCUCAGGAUGAACGCCGACAACCCUCCGUCGCGCAUGUCGCUCUCUGGCAGCCGCAAGAGCAUCCUUGCCGGCAUCGACGUCAGCUCCGCCAAAUACGGCGGUCGCAACGGAUCCGCCAUCAACGGCGACGCUUCCUCUGUGCAAGACGAUGCGACCGGCGACAACAACUCCCAUCCGAUCCCCGUCUCUACCACCGAUGCAUUGCUUCGUCGUCGUCAGACCUCCAACAGCGACGCCGCCAGUCUCAAGCAGAGCGUCAAGGGUCGUGCUUCUCGAAGCGCUUCCAUCGCCUCUCGUGCGCAAGCUUCGCCCGGUAGAAACGGCACAUAUUCCUCCUCCGCUCCUCCUGCCGACGAUGCUGGUGGAUAUCUCGCACCCGCCAUUCCCGGCGCUGCUGUCGGCUCGCGUUCCAGAACCUUCUCAGCUGCCAGUCUCGGCCUCAAAAAGAGCAACUCCAACCUCUCUCAGAGCGACGCACGCUCCAUCGACUCGCGCAGAGGCUCUUCCGGCAACAGCUUUGUCAAUCUCAUCCGCAACCGUAGCCGCAACUCUUCACAGACCAACCUCACCGUCCCCGAUCUAGCCGACGCCUCCUACGCUUCCAAUGGCAAUAGCAACGGCGCCUCGCAGGGACGCUUGCGCAAAUUUAGCACUUCUUCGCGCAAGAUGAGCCUCAAGAUGCCAGGUCUCGGCUCGCGUUCCAGCUCUGCCUCCAUUCGCAGCAACGGCUUCUACGACGAGCCCGAACAGCUCAGUCCAGAGCCAGCCACAUACCCCACCACUUCAAAGCCCUCGGUCGAUGGCUACAAAUCCAUCGGUGCUGCUAGCGGCCUCUCGGCUGCUGGUUCGGCUCGUUCCAGAAAGUUCAGCAGGUCUGCCAGUCUGUCCAACGGCAUCAAAGCCGACAAUCAGCUCGAUGGCGAUGCUCACAGCACACCUGCCAGCCCAGUCGCUGACCCCUUCGCCAAAGCGGAUGGUCUUUUGGCCCGUGCUCGAUCCAAGCGCUCUUCUAGCGCUUCUCAGGCUCGUCAACGUGGCGCAUCCGCGCCUCCCGAGACCAGCACUGCUACCCAGGAUUCCACCGCCAAAAAGGGUGGCUUCCUCUCUUCCACCACCGCCAAGAUGACCGGCGCAGCUGGUGCCGGAGGCGCUGCCAUCAUGGGCCUGGCUCGCAGGAAGUCUUCCCGUAGCCUCCGCGAUCAGGACGAGGAAGAAGCAAGCGCUAAGCCCAACGGCUUGGCUGCCGCUCACUCCAACGGCGCCAGUGACGUCGAGCAGGACAGCUUUAGCGAGCAGGAGGAGUCCGAAGACGAAGAGGAGCAGGCGCCACCUCAACGAAACGCUCGACCUGUCAAGGGUCGAAGCGGUGCCGCCGCCGUUGCUGCAGCAUCGAGCGACGACGAAGAGGACAGCGAGUCAGAGCAAGAUGACUCGGAACAAGAGUCCGAGGCAGACUCCUCCGACGACGACGCCUUUCAUGAUGCUCCUCUUGCUGACAUCUCCGAGGGUGAAGAGGAGGAGGACGACCAUCACCACAGAGGUGCUGUAGCCGGUGCAGCCGGCGCCGCUGCUGCUGUCGCUGGUGCUGGUGCCGCUGCUCGUCACCGUCGCAACAGGUCUGGCGCCUCUGCACGCAAGGUGCCCAACGGCGAUGCUUCUACCUACAAGCCCAAGGGUACAGCCGGCGCGAAUCGCCGUGCCGGUCCUGCCACCGAUGCCGCCGUUGCAGACAACGUGACCGACGCACGUGCCAGCAAGGACACCUCCAAAGCCGUUCAAGAAAAGGCCGCUCGCGUUGCCAAGCUCACCGCCAGCGAUGUGGCCAUCAGCGCUGAUCAGCUGCGCGCCGACAUCGAAGUAGCACGCAAGGCGCUCAACCUCUUCCUCAAUUCGCGCAUGAUCGAGGCCGAACGUAUCAUCGAAGAGUAUGCCGACAGCCGUCUCUACUACGCGCUCGGCUAUGCGCUCAUCGCCACCAUCAAGGGUUUCAUGACCUUUGAGCCCGCCGAUCUGGCCAUUGCCAUUUCGCUGUGCAAGGAUGCCCUGACUAUCGCCAACUUGCUUAGGAAGCCCUCAAGCGCCGUCUCCAACUUUGGCCGCUUUGUCAGGGGCACCGGCCAGAGCCCCAGCGCCUUGUCGCAGAUGGACGAGGUGCAGAGGCAUGCCGAGCUCGUGUAUGCCGAGGCGGUGUUGCUGAAGGCCGUGCUGGGUAUUGCGUACGCCGGUGACUUCUUCGCGUUCGUUAGCGAGGCGCUCAACAUGCGAAAUGCUUAUGGCAUCUACAGGUCGCUCCAGAAGUACGUCGAUUGGUCGGCGGAGAAGGGCGAGGAUCUCGACGAGGACUUCAAGAGUGGUGUCUACCUCGGCAACGGAUUGAUCAGCAUGAUCCUGGGUCUGGUUCCUGGAAAGGUGCUCAAGAUCAUGGAGGUGUUUGGCUACACGGGCGACACGGCGUGGGCCAUGAAGACGCUCAGCAAGGCGGGUCAGUGGAGCGCCGAUCCUCGCCAGACCAAGCCGGGCAUGUCGAUCAAAGAGGAAGGUGUGCGUCGACAGAUUUGCGACAUGUCGAUGCUCGCCUACCAUUUGGUGAUUUCCACCUUCAUCCCCGUCACGGGCGUCGACAUCGACUUUGCCGACAAGGUGCUCCACUACAACCUGCGACGAUACCCGGAAGGUGUCUUCUUCCUUUACUUCUCCGGACGACUCUACUCGACCCAGGCGCUCGCCGAGAAGGCCAUCACGCAGUUCGAAACGGCGCGAGACGUGCAGAAGGAGUACGUGCAGCUCAAGCACAUUUGCAUCUGGGACCUGUCGCUGUGCAACAUGUCGCUCUGCAAUUGGAAGGAGGCCUACACCCAGUUCAACAUCCUUGCCGACGAGAACAACUGGUCCAAGGCGGUGUACAACUACGGCCGCGCUUCCAACCUCUACGAACAUGCUGUGCAAUCCGACGACAAACGUGGCAUGGAUCAAGCCGCCGAGAUCUUCCGAAAGGUGCCUACACUGACGCAGAAGAUCGCUGGAAAGUCGAUCCCCAUGGAGAAGUUCGUAGCACGCAAGUCGAAGAAGUUCACGCAGUACGGAAGGUUGCUGCUGCCAGGUCUGGAGUUUGCCUACGUCUACCACUGCCUCUCCAACGCGCCGCGCUACGUCCUGUGCGACGAGGCGUUGGUGCUGGUCAGCGAAGCGCUCGCCGAUCUGCACGACGUCGAAGAUCCAUCGCAGUACUACUCUGGAGACGAGUACUACGACGACCUUUGCCUCGCGCACUUCCUGCGCGGAGUGUGUCUCAAGUUCAUCGCCGUGCCCGAAAAGCACUCCAAGGUCCGACCGAAGGAGUCGCCCAUUCCCGAGAAGGAGGCGGCGCAGCAGGCCGAGAUCAGCUUCAAGACGGUGCUCGAGCACGGACACCAGCUCAAGCUCGACCACUGGCUGGUGUACUUUGCGCAUUACGAGCUGGGCAGGCUGUACGCAGGUACGGGCCGGGUGGCUGAGGCGAAGGAGCAGCUGAAUUUGGUGCUGAGUCAGAAGAAUCUGGAGGAUAGGGGUAGGAAGGGUAAAUACAGUCUGCAGAACAUGGUCCAUUUGAGAGCCAAUGGUGCGCUCAAUGGUAUUGAUGGUAGUGGCAAGUAG